AUGGAGCUGGUCAUUGGCUGGAAUGGCGUUAUGCCCAGCCAGGACGAAGGGCAGAAGGCGCCAUCUUUCAGUCCGCAGAUGGCCGGACUGAUCAGUGCGGCUGAGAUGAUGCUCAAGGCAGAGGUGGUGGGAGAAACGGAAGAGGGUGCCCACCCGCGCGCAUUUCCACAGGGAGUGCUGAACACUGCCUGGGCCAAUGACAAGAAGUUUUUGUCCCAACUCCGGCGCGGCCUGCGCAGCGGGCGGCCCAUGGUGGUGCAGGACUUUCUCUUCCCGGCGGUGGCUGAUGCGCUGCUGGAGCAGCUGCAGGCGCUGAGUCAGCGCCAGGACGACGCAGAUGACUACCCCUUCCAAAGAUUGACGGAGGGGCCCUUUGCAGAGACGCCCAGCUGGGAGCCGCUGAAGCCGACGCCCUGCCAUCAGGUGGUCACUGACUUUCUGGAGCAGCACAAGCAUCGCUUCGCCUUCCUGGGUCACAUUCUGGUGGGGAGGACGGGGGACAAGCACAACGCCUGGUAUAGUUCCUUCCGGAGGGCCAUGGAGCACCCUGCGGUGGUGAGCUUUUGGCAGCAACUCUUUGGCAUGCCCAAGUGGGUCACUCGCUAUGACCCCUCCUGGUCCUGGCUGCGGCCGGGCGAUUACUACGGCUUGCACGCUGAUGACGCGCAGGCCAGAUACCUGGCCGUGACCAUCCACCUUGCCACUGGUUGGUCCUCUGAUCAGGGUGGGGAGCUCAUCUGGUGCGGGCCUGAAGGCCAAGAGGAUUUGACCAUCCAGGCGCCGGACCGGCCGCACUUCCACAAGAGCUUCAAUGUGUCCAGGAAUGGGACUACCAUGGUGCCUGGCUUCAACGUGGCAGUGCUAUUCCCUGUCUUCCGGAACAGCUACCACGCGGUGGCGCCGGUGCUGCCUGGCAGCGGCAAGCGCUUCACGCUGCAGGGCUGGUAUGUGGACCCGUGCCAACUGGCAGAGGCCAAAGGCAGCUGCAUGCCAGACGCAAUGCGAAAGUUCAAGGCGCAAGCUGAGCAGAAGGCUGCCAUGGCAGCCACAAAGCCCCGUGAAGUCGAGGCUGAUUGGGUGGAGGAGAAGACGGAAGAAGGAGAGACCCGCUUCCGCAACCGAAAAACUGGCGAAACCGCGACCGAGCUGCCGGAAGGAGCGCAGGUGGCGGCGCCCAAGGCCGCAUCACACACGCAUGCGCCGUCUCCAACGGUGCCUUUGGGAGCGCGCCCGCCCUGGGCUGCAGCAAAGGUGCCGCCAAAGCCCAAAGCUGGGGGCCUGUGGCGUGAGCCUGGCCUGGGCAUGCCCAAGGGGAAAGCGCCACCCAUGCCCAAAGCGCCAGCGGCACUCACCCGACUGGUGGAGCAGCACGAUGCGCGGCAGGAGCCAGAGGUUCAUGCAAGGUCUUUGGGGCCCAGCGCCAAAUUCCCCGGGCCGCCUGCGGCCAAAGCACAGCCGCAGCCCACCGCCCAGCCGGGCACAGCCCAGCCGGGCACCGCCCAGCCAGCCUCGGCGCAGCCAGCCUCGGCGCAGCCGGCCUCGGUGCAACCAUCCUCGGCGCAGCCGACCUCGGCGCAGCCGGACUCGGCGCAGCCGGCGGCUGGGCCGGGAGUUGCCACCCAGGCAGCACCGGCCGCGGACGCAGCGACCGCAGCGGAUGCAGCGCAGGCACCCACGUCAUACUGGACAGAGGUGCGCACAGAAGAAGGCGAUGUUUACUACCACAAUGAGGCCACCGAUGAGACUGCUUGGGAUCUUCCCCCUGGCGGCGUGGUCAAGACACCCGAGGAGGAAGUGCCAGCGGAGCAACAGUUUGAGCCACAGCCGGCGGGUCCUACACCAGUGCCGGACGCAUUGAAAUGCCCCCUUUGCGGGGACUUUCUCGACCAGGCUGUGCUCGCUGUUUGUUGCGGAGCCAAUUUCUGCCAGCGCUGCGUCAGCAGCGCCAUGGCAGAGGCGCGUGUGGCCAAUCAGUGCCCCAAGUGCCAGGCGGAGGUGCAUCAGCUCAUCCCCAACGAGGACAUGCGUCGACGCGUGGAGCAGGCCAUUCCAGUGAGCUACUGGAGCCCCGUGACUGCAGAAGACGGCCAAAGCUACUUCUACAAUCUGGAGACAGGCGAGGCCGCCUGGGAGAUACCUCGCGGUGGCAAGGUGCACACAGAAGGCCAGCCGGACCCAAGCCAGGCCGAGGCGGCUGGCUGGAUGACGUGCCACACGGCCGAAGGCCACGUGUACUACUACAACCAAAGCACUGGCGAGUCCUCUUGGGACCCACCGCAGGCGCAGGCUGCGGCCCAGCCAGAAGGACCCUGGGCAGGACUUUACGCAGCGCACGCGGCAGAGGAAGCUGCCCGGGCGCAGCGGCAACAAUACGAGGAUGCGCUGCGGCAGAUGCAGGCGGCCGAGGAAGCUGCGAAGCAACAGCGGGAGCAGUGGGACCAGGUCUAUGCUCAGCACUACGCCUGGUAUCAGCAGCAGCAACAGCAGCAACAGCAACAGCAGCAACAGCAACAGCAGCAGCAGCAGCAGGCCAAUGCAAAGGCAGAGGUUGCUGCCACUGGCCUUGUGCCGCCAAGCCUGAACGCCAGCAUGGAGGAGCAGAUUGCCUUCGCCAUGAAGUGCAGCGUGGUUCAGGAGAUGGAGGAGAUGAUGAAGCAAGGUGCAUCGGUGGCGGAGCGCAAGAAGGCGCUCAAGGCUUGGCAGAUCAAGUGGCACCCGGACAAGAACCCAGAUCAGGUGCCGGUGGCUGCGACGGUCCGCACUUUGAGUGCGCAUUUUGCCCAGGUGUCGCCGCAGCCGCCGCAGCCGGUUUUCACCCAAGUCUUUGCACGGAAAUUCCCCGCCAUGCCGCCGAAGGCUGCACCCAAGGCCCAGCGUGCCACCCCGCCACCUGAAGGCCCCAACGAUGCGGAGGAGCAGCUCGGAGACGACUACGACAUGCCUGUCAUCGUGAAGGUGCGGCCUGACGACCAGCUGCAGUUGAGCCCAGAGGAGCUGGAGAAGGAAGUGCCACCGCGAGUGCUGUACCCGCUGAACCCACGGGCAGCCCACAACACGACGCAGUACUCCUUCAAGGAGAAGUGCUUCAAGGUGGACGAGCAGGUAGACCAAGUGGUGAUGCACUUUGCCCUGGAUGGCCUGAUCCUCUUGAAAGAGAGCCCAGAAGCCUACGAGCAAAUCGAGGUUCUGGAGAAGAAGGAGGCAGAGCAGAAUGAGAAGGAGGAGGCUGAGGCCAUCGAUGAAGACUUUGACCCUCCGGAGAACGAGAAGGAGGUACCAGUGAAGAAUCCGCUACGCAACCAGUUCAACUUCAGCGAGCGCGCGGCCCAGUCCAAGAACGCCAUGCUGCGGGAGCGAGGGUGGACCACUGAGCCGCCCCCCACCACCAGGAACUCGGGCACGGUCACCCAAUGGGAGAUCUUUGACCAGUACAUGGCAGACAUCGAGGCUGCAAAGGAGAAAGAGAAGGAGGACAAGAAGCUGGGCAAGUCCGCUUACGACGACGUCUCCGAGAAAAAGAAGAAGUCGGACUCGGACCCGACCUACUCGGAGAACAUGAAACUGUCCAUCAAGAUUAUGGAACGCAUGGUCAACCAGAACGCAGAGAACGAGGUUUACCAUGACUUCAAGUACUGGGAGGACCGCAGCGACGAGUUUCGGGACGGCGAGGGCACGCUGCUCCCCUUGUGGCGCUUUUCAUCGGAGAAGGCCAAGAAGAAGCAGGUGACGUGCAUCAAGUGGAACCCCCACUACAGUGACCUUUGCGCAGUGGGCUUCGGCUCGUAUGACUUCAUGCGGCAAGGCACCGGGGUCAUUUGCUGCUACUCCUUGAAGAACACCCGCUUCCCGGAGUAUGUCUUCAACACUGACGCAGGAGUUUGCUCAUUGGACUGGCAUCCAGCUCACCCGGCAGUGCUAGCAGUCGGCCUCUACGAUGGCACCGUCUUGGUGUAUGACGUGCGUGCCCGCACGAAGAAGCCGAUCUACCAGAGCACAGUGCGAACCAACAAGCACACAGACCCAGUUUGGGAGGUGCGUUGGAACAACGACGAGUCUACAGGAGCCUUGAACUUCUACUCCAUCUCAUCCGAUGGGCGGGUAUCCACCUGGUUCCUGCUGAAGAACAAGCUUGAGAGCGAGGAGGUGAUGGAGCUGAAGCUUCUGGGUAGCCCUGGCACUGGUGAGGAGGAUGAGACCUCGUUGGCAGGGCUCGCUGGUGGACUUUGUUUCGACUUCCACUCGCACAGCGACCACAGCCACCUCUUCCUGGUCGGUACCGAGGAGGGCCGCAUCCACAAGUGCUCCAAGGCUUUCAGCGGGCAGUACCUCGAGACCUACGAGGGUCACACCAUGGCGGUCUACAGCGUUCGCUGGAACCCGUUCCACGAGAAGAUAUUCAUCUCAGCCUCUGCCGACUGGACGGUGAAGCUUUGGAACCACGAGAGCCGUUUUGCCAUCCUCUCGUUCGACCUUGCGCAGGCCAUCGGUGACGUGGCCUGGGCGCCCUACAGCUCCACCACCUUCGCGGCCAUCACCUCCGAUGGCGCAGGGGGCUCCACCAGCGGGGUGGUGCACAUCUACGACCUGUCGGUGAACCGCAACGAGCACAUUUGUUCGCAGAAGGUGGUGAAGCGGGCGAAGCUUACGCACGUCGCCUUCAGCAGCUCAGAACCCAUCAUCAUCGUGGGGGAUGACCGCGGUGGAGUGAACACCCUCAAGCUGUCGCCCAACCUGCGAAUUGGCGUGGUCAGGACGGAGGACACCGAUCCGGCUCUGACGGACAUGGACUUGCAACUGCAGAAGAUGGAGCACUUGCUAGAGAUGGUCACGGAGACCAAGACCACCUGA